AUGACCGCGAAUUUCAAAAACAAAACUGCACUUUGCUAUCUCGAUGAAAAUUUGAACAGCAACUCGUACAGCGAAAGUGAAAAAAUUUUCCUAAAGAACAACAUAAACUGGAACAAAAUAAACGUAUUAAAAUGUAACCAGAAGAAAAAUGAAGAGGGAAGCAGCUGCAGCAGUAGCGCCGGCAUCCUUAUGGAUAUGGGGAGUGGCAACAACAACUAUGUUGACAGUGCCAACUACAACGACGUUAGCAUAAAUUACAAAAAUAUGCAAAAGUUCAAAAGUAGUUCCUAUUCGGGGGACGCAAAUCGAGAGGACAGAAGCGUUUUAAGCAAAAGGAAGUACAACCACCUGUCUGAGGAGUAUGAGAAAAGGAAAAGAAAGCUGUCCCCGUUGGAUCUGUUCGAGGACGCCGAUGAUGGUGAUGGCGGUGAUGAUGGAGGGGACGGACACGUCGAUAGCGCUGCGUCGCACGAAAAUCCAAACAAAGACCACUUUACAAACAAAUACGAUUUUGAGUUUGUGGAGAAUUACAAAAAUGUCUACCUGAAUAAAGGCGGCAUCGCCGGUGGAGUGGCCCAGGGGAAAAUCCCCAAGAAGCAUAUGCAGGAGGAAGAGGAUGAUGAGGAGGAGGAGGAGGACGUUCUUGCCAACAGCCAAGUGAGCAAAGAUGGGAGCAGCGGCGCAGAGCAGGACGAGGACUUCCCGAACGUCGACGGAAACGGGAGUAGCCAAGUGGAGGGGAAAUACCAAAUUGAUAAAAUUUACGGCACCUGCCUCGAAAAUGUCGAAAGUUCGUUCAUCCUAACGAAGAAUAUGAAAAAGAGCUAUAAAAAUUUUAUACAAAAUGAAAAGAAAAAAAUAAAAGAUCAAGCAGAGGGGUAUACGAACGAGUCGGCUGGAAAUGUCUACACAAGUACUCUCGAGGGGAACGGGUUACUGUACUCAGAUGACCUGGGGUUGAACUGCGCCCUGGAAGAGGAGGGGACGGCGGAGGAGGAUGAGGAAGAGGAAGUGGAGAUGGAAGUGGAGAUGCAAGUGGAAAUGGAACAUGGAGUGGAAGUGGAAGAGGGAGUGGAAAGGGAAGCGGAAAAGGAAGUGGAAGUGGAAGGAGAAGAAUAUUUUAACACACCGAAGAAUUACCCGACUCGUGAGACCAACGAUUUGAAGGGAGUUCUUGACAUGCCUAAUGGUGCACAUGAAAAGACCGAAGAGGGAAAUAACUGCAGUGAUAGUAAAAAUGAGGAGGCACGAAGCAAAGAAGUAGACGGUGAUUAUAAUUACACAUGCAAUGACAAGCAGAAUGACCAUUCAUUCGAGGGUAGUAGAUUGGGCCAGCAACAGAACAGCAACAAUGACGAUGGAAAUAGCGGCAGAGAGACACACCCCACGGAUGGACAAUCAAAUUUAACAGAAGCAGAAAAGGAAACACAAUUUUUUACUCCUUCUCAAACGGUCGACAAGAGGAAUCUCGUAAGUACGUUCAAAGAUGACGAAGACGAAGAGGAGCAGGAUCAAGCAGAGGGACAAAUCAAUGAGCACAUUCCAGCCAAAGGAAAGAAAUCGAAUAAAAGGGUCUACAAGAAAGGUAACUUAUCCGUACCAACAGAAAAUAUAAAUGUGAAAGAAGAAAAAGAGAAAGGAUUGGAGGAAGAUCAAGAAACACAUGACAGUGAUAGUGAAAAUGGGAAUGUUCUGAAAUCCGUCGAUGAUUUGGAUCAUGUGCCGAUAAGCGGAAGUCAGUUGGAGAAGCCAAAUUCCGAAGAGUGCAAUGGCGCUGUGAUGGAGGAAAGAAGUUUCCCCGUUGUACGUAAGGAGAAGCAGGAGGUGGAAGACAAUACGAUGGGGACCAAACGGAGGGAUGGCACAUCACCAGGUUUAGUUGCCAAAUCGGCAAGUGCUGCUAUCAAACCGGUGGGCCCAUUUACCAAACAGAAAGAUACAAUUAUCAAACCCGUAGUUACGAUUAACAAACCUGUGUGUGCCAUCAACAAACAGAUAAAUAAAGCGGCGCUUGUAGAAAGGAAGAAAAAACAAGUUCGCAAAAACUGCCUAAUAAAAGCGGAAGUGCCAAAAGAGAACAGCGAAGUUAAUUCGCCAGCCACAAUGGUUAGAGUCAAACGGGAAAACUGCGAGGAUGACAUUAGGAAGGAGGGAAUGCCAAUGUCAGUAGACAAUAACACGAGCAAAAUGGAUAAGAUGAAGGAAAAUUUUGGAACCAUUAGGAUAAAGAUGGAGGUGGAGGAGAGCGAGGUGAACAUAAAGACGGAGCCCAGGGAAAUCCCGAAGGUGAAUAAACAGAGCGAAGGGGAGCAGCUUAACGAGUGUGAGAAGCAUGGAGAGAGAGACCAGCAUUACGAGGACGGGCAGCAUGACGCAUCGCCAGCCUUGACGCAAAGUAUAUCAAUGAAUGUGGUUCAGAGCGGAGACGCCAACAAAUGUCCAAAAACAGUUGGUGAAAGGGCUAGCAGCAGAACGAGCGAAAAGGCUAGAGACAGGAACAGCGCCCAAACAAGUGACAACGCGCAAAGUAAAAGGAGAAGCAUGUUUUAUGAAAAUAUGUCGAGCAAAAUUUCGAGAAUUUUCUUUUUUUCUUCCAAAAAGGCUAACAAUAAUGAACCGGAUGGAAACUCGGACAGUGAACGGGAGAGUCAAGACAGGAAAAGGGACAGUGACAACGACAAAGAGGGGAAUGAUGAGACAAGCGAAAGUGACGAGAAUGAGCAGAAGGAAGCGAGCGAAUCGAAUGAUUCCAAUGGAGGAAGCACAGACAAGCCGCUCUACUCGACGGAAAAAUCACAAGAGGACGGUACUCAAAAGAAUAACACCGCUCAGUUGAAAGAUCUCGCGGGGGAAGGUGAUGAAGGAAACGAUGAACAUUCCCCCAGUGAAGGAAAAUCAGGUGAGGAAAAUGAAAAUUUGCAAACCUAUGAAAACAGGGAUGGUGGGGAUGGCAAGGUUGGUGACAACAAUGGUGACGAGGACCUGACCAGCAGGACGAAAAAAGGAAAGAGCCCCCUGGGGACCAAGAAAGUUGGCCGGAGAAAAAUAGGCAUUGUGAAGAAAGAACCACUUGGAGCAGCCAACCUAGCAGAAAUUGAAACAAGGACAUGCAACUUAUGCAACUCCAUUUUUGCAAACAGCAAAUUAAUGCAAAGACAUGUGAUGAGCGUCCACUCGGAAGAAAGGCCAUACGAGUGCGAAAUUUGUCUCAAACGGUAUAAAAGGGCAGACCACUUGAAACUGCAUCGGAUAAAACACGACCUAAAUAAAGAGGACAAGAAGUUCCAAUGCUCCAUCUGUCAGAUGUUUUUCAAAACGCCCAGACAGUUAAAAAAUUGCAAGUUGAAGCAUAUGAAGUGUUCCUUGGAGGGAGAGAGGCACACUGGUGGUAGCGAGAGCGGCACAUGGAGAGGUGAUGCUGCCCCGAAACAGGCGGGCACUGAACUGAGUGAGCAGCGGGAAGAAGCGGACGAGCGGCAAGUUGAAGCGGACGAACGGCAAGUCGAAGGGGACAAACAGCAAGUCGAAGGGGACCAGCGGCAAGUCGAAACGGACAAGCGGCAAGUCGAAGCGCAGGAGCAGCAGGCGAACGCGGAACAACGGUGGGAACUGAAGAAGGAGAACUGCAGCCCAAGUAGAAUUUCUGUCGAAAUUCGAACGUGCAACGUGUGCAAUAUGAUUUUUGCAAAUAAAAAAUUAAUGAAAAGACACCUGAUGAGUGUGCAUUCAGAAUCAAGACCAUACAAAUGUCACCUAUGCAUAAAAACGUACAAAAGGUCGGACCAUUUGAAGAAGCAUAUUUUAACCCAUAAAGAUAAUAAAGAGAAAAUAAAAUACACAUGUUCCAUUUGUCAGGCUAGCUUUGAUACUCCCAAAGAAUUAAGAUCACACAAGAUAAGGCACUACACAUGUCCAUAUGAAAAUUGCUCCUACUCCUAUUCGACCAUCUCCAAAAUGAAGUACCAUUUGAAUAAGCACAAAUGUAACCUCUUCUAUUCUUGUCCUGUGUGUUCCAAAAAAUUCCUCAUUUAUAAAGAGUUCAUACAACACAAGAGGAGCUGCUUCAAGAAGAAGUACGUCUGUCUGCAGUGCAACAAAAUUUAUUUGCAUGUUAAUGGUUACAACAAACAUGUGAGGAAAGUCCAUUUGAAUAUUAUUCAGAACUACAAAUGUACGGUGAAUAACUGCAGCAAGGAAUUUUCUUCUGAAUUUAGCUUGAAGGAACACAUAAUAAAUUUCCAUCAUCGGGUCAAGCGCUUUUUCUGCUCCAAGUGCAACAUGUCCUUUGGCUACAGGAGCUCCUUUCGCCGCCACAACAUUAAUAUACAUCCGUGA